UUCAUACUGUACAAUAAACUAAAAUAUACUUCUCAAAAUCAAAACAACAGUGUUAAAAAAGCAAGUAAAAAAAUAAAAAAUACUUUAAUAUCAUACCAGUAGUCACAUCAAGUCACAGCAAUCAUUCAACCCCUGUAUUAUCUCAAAUAAAAGGAUACAUGAGAGGUUCUCUCUGGUUUGCGCUCUCACCUCUGUAGCAGUCCUUCUGGUCCCUGUUUUGUAUAAACACCUCGGUUAUCCUCGGCACCGUCCAUAUACCAGGUAGACAUCAUUUAUCUUUCACUACUGGCAUGACAGGAACCACAAACCUUUGAAAUCGAAGGCUCACAAACAGCCGCCUGGGAUUAACAUGGAUUAAGGGUUAGUUGGAUUACUCUCUCAUAGGGGGAGGAACAUGGGGUAUAUUGACAUUACUGUCAUCACAGAUGAAUUGGAUAAACCUUAGUAUCUUUGCUGUCUUCCCUAUGAGUGAGAAAAUAUAUAGGACAAAUAAUGUUACACUAAUGAAUAACCUCAAUAAAAUGAAAGUAAUGACAUUUUAAUGUCUGAUAGUAAAUAAUCAACGGUCAUAUUUAGGAGAGUUUAUUUUACUGUAAAUGCACGUGACAAUUUGUUGUUGUAGUACAGUCCUUUAGUCAUUUCACACGGAUCACUUACGCGGUAUGUUAAAAUAUGGGGGACGGUUUUUCAUGUAACACAGGAUACACUGACAGCUCCACUUCAUUUGUUUAAUUAAUGAAGACGCAUUUGGUGAAAAUACCACCAGCGCUUAUCCACACACUGAUUAAUGUUAAUGACAACAAACAAAUGGUAGUUUAGUGUAUUUUACUCACUAAAUCGCUAACGUUAGCAUCAGAUCACACACACCACUUUUCAGUCGCCUGUCAGAUAUCGUGUUAGUUCAAAUCAAAACAGUGGCGACAACAAGGAAGCAUAGAGAACACAAGACCGACAAGGCACCAUGACAUGGUUUAGUUUCGCAGGUCGGGUGUGGGAUCGCGUGGAGAAGACGUGUCUCCAUCUGCCAAUCGUUCUGAACACCGUUCUCGUGUUCUCCAUCACGGCGGAGGUGAGCUACCUGGUCCUGGUCGAGGCGCCGCUCCAACCGGACCAGAAGAAGACCCAGUGGUCUACCGUAUGGAAGACUCUGCACCUCCUCGUGCAGUACUUCAUGUUUGGCAACAUCACAUGGAACGCCUCGCUGUUUCUGAAAACCAGCACCAGCAUUCAAGGAGUGUUCCUGGGUUCAGAAGGCAUGGCUCAAGGCUGGAGGUACUGCUACACAUGUGAGACCCACACUCCCCCGCGGUGCUCCCACUGCUAUGACUGUAAGGUGUGUGUUCUGAGACGAGACCACCACUGUGUGUUCUUCGGCCAGUGUGUGGGCUUCCGUAACUACCGCUACUUCCUCAGCUGUCUGCUGUUCAUGUGGACGGGGCUGCUGUACGCUGUAGUGAUGAACGCUGAGGUCUUCAUCAUCAUCCUGAAGGAAGGAGUCACGCUGCACAGCAUCCUGCUACUCCUCAUGCCCUGGAUCAUGCUCGUCUCUGGUCAAGUGACAGCGCGGGCCUUUGCCUUUGCCUUCAUCGCAGACACCUGUGUGUUGGGCUUCCUGCUGGUGGCAGCCUUCCUCUUCUUCCACCUUUUCCUCCUCCUGCGAGGCCAGACCACCAGAGAGUGGUACUCCAUCCGCAGGCCCUACAACCUGGGAUUACUGGGAAACUUGCGGCACAGCCUGGGUACCCGCUGGUACAUCUGCUGGCUCUGCCCACUCAUCCCCUCCCCACUGCCUGGGGACGGCAUCCAUUUCCAGGUCACAGAGUCACUGGAGUCGGAUCCCAACCGCUCACGGUAACCCUGGUAAUGUGACGGACACAGGUGUGUGAGGAUGACAGUGACACCUUGCAGUGCAGGCAGGUGGUGUGGCUUCGUGGAGAAGAUUGACUGUAAAUCUGAAAGCCUCUUCACCCACUGCUUUCCCUGUUUACUGAGUCAGUGAGUGGGUGGGUGUGACGGCAGGUAUAGCUGCAGUAUCUCAAGGUUGCUCUGUGGUACUUUGACCCAUUGUCUAUGUGCCAACAUUAUUUGAUCCAUUACCUAAUUCAAUCAGCUAAAUGAGAAAGCAUGUAUUUAUUGGUUUGCUUGCCUCAGCAGUUCAAACAAUUAAAUAAGCAUUGAAAUGUGAGUCCACUGAAAUUAUAAAUGUUUUGAUUGUUCAUUGAUUGUACUGUAUUGAUUUCUUGCUGAGGUUUGCUGUGAAGGUAGGAUUGUUGAUUUGGAAGGAGAUCCCCCACACUUACUAGUGCUGGAACAAGCACGCAUGUCCACUCUUUUCAUUGUUAUUUGUCCUGAUUGAGUGUGCCUUUGAUUUAUUUACCUACAAAACCUGCCUUGCCAAACCACACAUGUACACUUGGCGUACAGUUUAUUAAGUACACCACCCUGUUCACGAAAGUGGAUCGCCCCUACAGACAAUGAGUCACGUGGCCAGGGCUUGCUAUAUAAAGCAGGCAUCGAGGCAUUCAGUUACUGUUCUAUUUGGGCUAAACGAGUGACCUAAGCGACUUUCAGUGUGUUAUGAUCGUCGGCGCCAGUAUCUCAGAAACGUCUGCCCUCCUGGGAUUUUCAUGCACGACAGUGUCUAGGGUUUCUCGAGAAUGGUGUGACAAACAAGGAGUUUCUAGUAAGCAGCAAUUCUGUGGAUGAAAACAGCUCGGUGGUGGAGGAGGUCGAAGGAGAAUGGCAAGAAUCGUGGAAGCUAACAGGAAGGCCACAAACAAACCAAUAACAGCGCAGUACAUCAGUGGAGCGCAGAACGGCAACUCGGAAGGCACAACCCAGAGAUCCUUGUCAUGGAUUGGGCUACUACAGCAGACGACCACACCGUGUUCCACUGCUAUCAGCUAAAAACAACAAGAAGCGGCUCCAGUGGGCAUUCGAUUACCAACACGGGACAAUUUAGGUGUGGAAAAAUAUCACCUGGAACAUGACAGCGAUUUCAGUUUACUUGAGUGGCCUGCACAGUCCCCAGACCUCAACUCUAUACAGUAUCUUUGGGAUAAGAUGGAAUGGGCAAAAGGGUGUCUGACCUGGUACCUGACAUUUUUAUUUAACCUUUAUUUACUAGAUGGGUGUACCUAAUAAACUGGCAAUUGAGUAUGUUUUCACUUUA